CUUCGAACGGCUUGACGAGUGCUCGAACUGCAGCGAAAGGUUAGUUUCCUCACGACUGCUGCAGGAGACAGGCGCUGUUAUAGGUGACCCGGGAACGGGUGAUAUUGGCAGAAAGUACGGCAUUGGGGCGACAGGGUUCUGCAGAUUUCACCCGUUCGUGUCCUUAUCUGUGGUUGGCGAAUCUAGCCCCCGAACGGUGAACAAAUGAUAACUUACGGUUUAUCACCCAGGACACCGUUCUAGAGAGAGUGUACUCGAUCCAGGAACAUAAGCAGCGCCACGUGAACUAUUCUCGAAUCAACGUAACGAUGAAUCUCUCCGGUAUAAGCGAUGUGUAUCAGCAUGGGCUUCAGCAGAAUCCGAUUGAUGUUCUUGCCCCAGAAAGCACGGUCAGCAUUGGAAAGAACCAAGCCAAACUGUUAGCCAUUGUUGCGCUGGGAAUCGGAAGCUUCGUAGCAGGGAUAUUACCACUGUUUAUUGCCCAGCGUAAUAGAGAUAGAUUUCCAGGUCUGAUCUCCUUUCUGCUGUGCUUUGGAGCAGGUGUACUGCUCGCCACCGCCUUAGUUCACAUGCUGCCCGAAGUGCGUGAUGCCCUGAAAGAGUACGCCGAAAUUGUAUUUUGUCUCGGAUUUUUCCUCAUUUAUACCGUUGAUGAGUGCAGCCAUUUGUGUGGCCUCAGUGGACAUGGGCAUGGACAUGAGCAUGAGAGGAAGGCGUCUGCAGUUAGACGACUAAGUCGAGACUCGACCGGUGGAGAUAUUGACGGUGGUAGAAGUUACGGUACCAGCGAAGAAACAACGCUGCUCACUAAAAGUGAAAGUAGUAUCCAAAUACCACAGCGAACCUCGGAAUGUGAGGUUGGACCGAGCGCACAAGUAAUGGGAACGGGCUCCAACGAGAGUCUGCCACAAGUGACGAUGGCAUCAGUAAAACCGGCCGAGCAAGUGACUGGCGUAUUCAGUCUACUAUUGGCUCUAGUCGUCCAUUCGUUACUUGAAGGUCUAGCCAUAGGCGUCCAGAGUACCGCACCCGGGGUACUUCUUCUUUUGGGCGCUGUUAGUGCACACAAAUACGUUGUGGCAUUCUGUCUUGGAGUCGAGAUCUGCUCUAACGGCAGUCGAAAUCAGUACUCCCAUAUUGUGCAAAUUUUGAUCUUCUCUGUUGGAUCUGUGGCCGGAAUAGCAGUGGGAAUGGUGCUAGAUGAUGUGGGUGAAACGUUCAACAUGGUGAUACCGGUGUUACAAGGCAUCGCCGGUGGAACCCUGUUGUACGUCACAGUCAGUGAAGUUCUUCCGCGGGAGCGUUCGAAACGUGGUGACAACUAUACGCGACAAUUAGGCCUUCUGCAGCUAAUUGCAGUUAUCUUAGGGUUUACGGUGAUGUCUACUUUAAGUCUUAUUAUAUCGGAAAAGUAACGUACUGAACGAGAUCCAUUUUGGAUGAUAUAUACAUAUUUUUUU